AUGAGCGGCGAGUUUAAUAGAGAGCAGUUGGAAUCUGUUUUGAAGCGCAGAUUUUUCUACGCCCCUGCUUUUGAGAUUUACGGAGGUGUUUCUGGACUUUACGACUAUGGUCCACCGGGAUGUGCAUUGCAGGCCAACAUUGUUGAUGUUUGGAGAAAGCACUUCAUUUUGGAGGAGGACAUGCUGGAGGUGGACUGCACGAUGCUGACGCCGCACGAGGUGCUCAAGACCUCUGGUCAUGUGGACAAGUUUGCUGACUGGAUGUGCAGAGACCUGAAAACAGGCGAGAUCUUCAGAGCGGACCAUUUGGUCGAGGAGGUGCUGGAGGCCAGACUCAAGGGAGAUAAGGAGGCCCGUGGUGAGAAGGUCGAGGAAGUUGAGGAGGACGACCAGAAAAAGAAGAGAAAGAAGAAGGUCAAGGAGAUCAAGGCGGUCAAGCUCGAGGACUCUGUUGUGGAGGAGUACGAGACGAUUCUGGCCAAGAUCGAUGGUUAUUCUGGCCCGGAACUCGGUGACAUCAUGGUCAAGUACAACAUUGGCAACCCUGCUACCGGCGAGCCAUUGGAGAAGCCAAUGGCGUUCAACUUGAUGUUUGAGACCGCCAUCGGUCCAUCUGGCCAACUGAAGGGUUACCUGCGUCCAGAGACCGCCCAGGGCCAGUUUUUGAACUUUUCCAAGUUGCUGGACUCCAACAACGAGAAGAUGCCGUUUGCUUCUGCCUCCAUUGGAAAGUCGUUCAGAAACGAGAUUUCGCCAAGAUCGGGACUUUUGCGUGUGAGAGAGUUCCUGAUGGCCGAGAUCGAGCACUUUGUGGAUCCGCUCGACAAGAGCCACGCCGGGUUCAAGUCCGUCGAGAACAUCAAGCUCACUUUCUGGCCAAAAGAGGUCCAGGAGAAGGGUUCUACAGAGACCUCCAAAAUCACCGUUGGCGAGGCUGUGCGUUCCGGAAUGGUGGACAACGAGACCUUGGGAUACUUUUUGGCCAGAAUCUACUUGUUCUUGAUCAAGAUCGGUGUCAACCCUGACAGACUCAGAUUCAGACAGCACAUGUCGAACGAGAUGGCCCAUUAUGCCCAGGACUGUUGGGACGCAGAGCUGCAAACCUCGUAUGGAUGGAUCGAGUGUGUUGGUUGUGCCGACAGAUCGGCCUACGACCUGACUGUGCACUCUGCUAGAACCAAGGAGAAGCUGUGUGUCAGAGAGACUUUGCCCGAGCCAAAGGUGGUUGAGAGACUCGAGUGCCAGAUCGACAAGAAACGGUUUGGUCCAAAGUUCAGAAAAGACGCUCCAAAGGUGGAGCAAUGGCUUUUCUCCAGAACCGAGUGCGAGCUCGAGGACCUGGCCAAGGAGCUUGACGAGAAGCUCAAGAUCACCGUCCAGAUCCCAGAGACCACUAUUCCAGAAGUUGAGAUCCCAGCCGAGCUGCUCAAGAUCGAAAAGGUCACCAAGACAGAGCACGUCAGAGAGUACAUUCCGUCUGUGAUUGAGCCAUCGUUCGGUAUUGGCCGUAUUCUCUACUCUAUAUUUGAGCACUCGUUCUGGUCGAGACCAGAGGACUCUGCCAGAUGCGUUCUUUCUCUGCCACCAUUGGUGGCUCCAACCAAGGUGUUGCUGGUGCCAUUGUCCAACCACGAGACUUUGCAGCCUGUGUUGCAAGUUGUUAAGGACAAGCUCAAGUCGAAGCAGAUUCCGUUCAAGGUGGACGACUCGUCGGCUUCGAUUGGUAAGAGAUACGCCAGAAACGACGAACUGGGAACCCCAUUCGGCAUCACCAUCGACUUCGAAUCGAUCAAGGACAACAGUGUCACUUUGAGAGAAAGAGACUCCACUCUGCAAGUUAGAGGAUCUAUCGAGUCAGUGGUCGAGGCAAUCGUCAACAUCACAUACAACCAAGUUUCCUGGAAAGAGGGAACCAAGCACCUCGAGAGCUUUGAGUCCAAGGCCGACGAAUAG